UCCGGUUCCCCAACAACAACAAAAAACACUCAAGAUUCGACUUUGGUCAAACUCUUUAGUUAAUGAGUUUGCAUCUUAGGUGAAAAGUGGAUUUUUUUUUGAAUUUGUGAACAGGUAUAUACCUCCCGUUGACAGGCAUGCAUUAUCGCUGAUUGUUUGUAUGUAAUAAUUGUAGACAUGGCUAAGGAAGGUGGCUGUCUGUUCCGAAUUGGGUAUUUCUUGUACUCAAGAACAAGUGUUGGCAAGUUUUACCAUAGACGGGAUAUAGCUAAGGCCAGGGCAAAAUUUCCAAAUGGUGAGACACACAGCGUCAUACAACCAAAGUCGUUCAAUGACCUGACGAUUACCCCUCUACCUAUCUUACUUGACAAUUUUGCGUAUGUAGUUACAUGUGGCAAGACUGGCACUUCCAUUGUUGUGGACCCAGGAGAUGCAGAACCUGUCAUAAAGUACUUAAGGGAGCAAGAUAUAAAACCAGUAGCUGUCCUCGUUACUCAUAAACACUGGGACCAUGCUGGAGGAAAUGAAGAUUUCAAGAGAGCUUUUUCUGGAAUAAAAAUAUUUGGAGGAAAGCACGACAAUGUACCUGAUGUCACUAACACAGUGGACCACGGUCAUAGUCUGGAGUUUGGUAACCUCACUUUCUCAGUACGGUUUACCCCGGGUCACACUGUCGGCCAUGUUGUGUAUGUUCUGGAUGGCAGGCCGUAUGGAGCACCUGACUCGGUCUUCUCGGGAGAUCAUCUUUUCCUCGGUGGAUGUGGACGUAUGUUUGAGGGACCACCUUCCACUAUGCUUGGUUCCCUGGACGACAUCUGCCAGCUCAGCGGGGAAACACUAGUUUGGCCAGGUCAUGAGUAUGCAAAUGACAACAUGGAAUUUGCCUGUCAUCUAGAGCCCACCAAUUCGGCCGCUCAGGACAAGUGUGAUUGGAUAAAGCAACAGAGAGAAAAGCGACUGGUAACUUGCCCAUCCACUAUUGAGGAAGAGAAGAAAUAUAAUCCUUUCUUGAGAACCCGUAUUGAGUCUGUUCUCACGUCUCUCGGUAUCACAGUGACUGGCCCCUUCCAGCCACCUACAGACAGUGUUCGGGCACAGGCACUAGCAGAAGUCCGCAGACAGAAAGACGCUUUCAAGUAUAACUUAUGAAAAAAGUACUUGAUUAUUUUAAAACACUUUAUACUCAGAUGGCCAAUGGGAUACCAGUAUCUAUACUAUUGUUAUAUUAAUAGUGACUCACAUCAGGUACAUGACACAUGGACAGGUACAUGACACACCUGUUACAGGCACAUGACACACCUGUUACAGUACAUGACACACCUGUUACAGGUACAUGACAUCUGUUACAGGUACAUGACACACCUGUUACAUGUACAUGGCACCUGUUACAGGUACAUGACACACCUGUUACAGGUACAUGACCCACCUGUUACAGGUACAUGACACACCUGUUACAUGUACAUGACAUCUGUUACAGGUACAUGACACACCUGUCACAGGUACAUGACACACAUGUUACAUUACAUGACACCUGUUACAGUUACAUGACACACAUGUUACAGGUACAUGACACACCUGUUACAGGUACAUGAUACAUCUGUUAUAGGUACAUGACACACCUGUUACAGGUACAUGAUAUAUGUUACAGGUACAUG